GCACAGAGUGGAAUGUUGAUACAUUGUUGUUGUUUUGUAGUUAAUUUAGUUCAGGGAAACAUUUCGCUUCGGUUGCAGGACGCGAGGCAAGGCUCGACCUGUUGAUUCCAGGACACUUCUCAGACAUUCUGCGCAUCCCGUUCACAAGACAGAUUUUUGAGGAGUUCUGACUAGCUGCUUGUAUGCAGGGCAUGACGACUCAUGUUAAAGCGGACAAAGCUUUAAAGGUCAAGAAGGAGGUGGGUGAGAAUGCCCCGGCGCUCAGUGAUGACGAGCUGGUGGCCAUGUCGGUGCGGGAGCUCAACCAGCACCUCCGCGGGCUGACAAAGGAAGACAUGGUCCGACUGAAGCAGCGGCGGCGCACACUAAAGAACCGCGGUUACGCUGCCAGCUGCCGCAUCAAGCGCGUCACGCAGAAAGAGGAGCUUGAACGUCAAAAAACAGAGCUGCAACAAGAAGUGGACAAACUGGCUCGUGAAAACGCCAGCAUGCGACUGGAGCUGGAUGCGCUUCGUGCUAAGUACGAGGCCCUGCAGUGCUUUGCCCGGACUGUCACGCGCGGGCCUCCCGGUAAGGUGGCCACCACCAGCGUCAUCACUAUUGUCAAGUCUGCCCAUCACAGCGCCAGCUCCGCCCCGUUUUCGGCGCCCUCGUAGUGCUGAUUGACAGCGCCUGCCCAACUCCUUCUGGUCCAAUCCGGCUCUGAACCUAGACUGGCCCGCGGGCCUCCGCUCGACCCACACUGAGAGGAAGCUCAGUGGUCAGACUGAGGGGAGGGUGGAGGCCUUAACCUGCGUGACUACAACAGGCUGCAUCUAUUUUUUUCACUUCUCUCUCUUUUACACACUCACAAAACACACAUACAUACAAAAACACAUCUAUAUUGUCUGUGCACUGUGCUAUAACCUCCGGCACCGGCAGGGCACAUUGACCGCUCUUUCAACUUCACCACAGGCUGAGACUUAGCAGAGAUGAGCACUUGUUAAAGUGUGAGAUAGUACUUGACUUAACCUGCCAUGGCAGCACUGGUUCGACAGCUAUGAUGCCCGUGACUUAUUGCAUAUGCACCAGAAACGAAAAUGAAUAAUGUAUCAUUAUAGGACGUAAAUAUUUAUUCAUAUUAAUAUUGUAAACAUACACUACCGUUCAAAAGUUUG